AUGGUGCGUUUUGUGAACAAGUACAAGGAAUUAUCACAUGCUCAUACUGAAACUGAAAAGGUGACAUCCUCUGCUUCUGGAUUGCACCUUGAAGUAAAGGAGAAGCAGUAUGACAAGAAGGUUUUAUGUCUGACUUCUUCACUAUACAUAGGAUCCGCAGACAAGAAGCUUAUUGUGAACCAAAUAGAUGAGGCAAAUGGCCCUUCAGGACCAAACAUGGAAUACCUCUUCAAAUUGGAAAAUGCCCUCAAACAAAUAGGAUGUGAAGACAAGCAUGUCUUUGAUUUGGCAAUCGAAGUCAGGCAAAUACUCUCACAAGGAUAA